CUUGGGUUUCGGCUGGUUAGGGGUAGGGGCACCGACCAAUGUGUUCACAAUAUUACCUUCGUGCCAUAACUGCCUUACAAGCUUUUUUUUUUUCUUUUUUUUUUAAUGGAAAAUACACAAGAAGGGAAAAAUGAUACUAUUCAGCCCGUGAAUUUCUCUCCUCAAACGUCUGUUUCUUACUUCAUCAUUUUAUUUUCUCUCUCUUCAUCAUCAAUCAUAGUAAUUACCGGCAUUAUUAUCAUGGCCAUUGUCGUCGUCGAUAAUGACUUUGGUUUCUCAAAUUCGUGUUCGGAGAGCUUGACAUUAGCUGUUGUUAAUGAACCUUAGCACAUUCAUAUCUCCAUGGAAUGUGGUUCUGAAGAAGUUUUUGCUUUUUUUUUCUCUCUUCUUUCCUUAAUGGAAAAUAAAAAAUAAUGGGAAGAAUGGCAGUAUCCAACACGUCAAUUCUCUCUCCUCAAACUCUUACUUCUUCUUUCACCAGUUUUACCAAAACAAACUUCCUUACUUUCUCUCUCUUCAUAAUCAUCGUAAUCUCCGCCAUUAUUAUCGUCGGCAUCAUCGUCGUCGCCGCCGGAGAUCGAGGCCAGUUGAUUGACGUUGGUCAGUUCGUAAAUUCGAAAUUCUGAAGCUUUUUUUUUUUAAUCUGAAAUUUCAUCUUUCUAAUUUGUUGUAAUUGUGUUUUGAUAAUUUUGUUUCUUGUUUUUUAAAUUGAGUCGUGAUUAACAUGCUUUUUUUGACCAUGAUGAAUUGAUGAUGUAUGUAUAUUUGUGCAGUUUAUUUCAUUGACGAAACCAUCAAUAGUGUUGACAUUGAGAUAUUACGUGAUUGCUAUGAAGCUUUUGCGAUGUAUUGCUUUGGCAGAUACCUUGUGGCAUGUUUGGAUAUGGGUCUUGAAAGUCUCCAUUAACUGUGAAGGUUGCAAACGAAAAGUAAAGAAAAUUCUUCAUAGUGUUGAAGUGCCAUGUUAUGGAAUUCAUUCUACCACUGAUGACAAACUGAAGGCAUACGUUGAAAUUCAUGGAGUUCCAAACUUUCCACAUACACUAAGAUUCGUCGGAAUGACUUCUACAGAGGUCAAUCUUUCACAAAAAACUGCAGCUCGCAAAGCCAUUAGCUUUCUUCGAAAUACAUACAAUGUUGACAUUGGAGAUUACAAUUAUUAUCAAAUGAAAUUGCUGGAAGAUAAUUACCGACACUUACUUUUUCUGUACAACAAAAUGUUUUAGAACUUAUUUGUGUUAUUACAUAAUGUAUCCGAAUCUAAGAUUAAAAUCUAUGUAACAAUCUAUGUAAGAUAUGGUAGAAUAUGUAUUUACCUUUUUUUUUACAAGUAUUAAUAUAUUUGUAUUAUGUUUUUUUUAA